AUGCUUUCAGAAUAUGCUAUGGUGCAUGUCACCUACAACCUACCUCUGGCCGUAUCAAUGACUGGCCUGUACUGGCCCUUUCUGAAUCGACUUGACAUACUCAAGAUAUUCAGCUUAGUGACUGUUUCGGUGAUAGCCACAACUCCGUGGGAUUCUUACCUCGUGCGAAACAAGAUCUGGACAUAUCCCGAAGAUGCGGUCAGUGGCUACACGUUCUUCUCUAUCCCUAUUGAAGAAGUAUUCUUCUUCAUCAUUCAAACCUACAAUACCAGUAUGAUCUAUACUGUCAUAACACGAAGAUUGGUUUUAGCGUCAUAUCUUCAAAAACCAUCCCGUGCUCUUCAGAUACUCGGUGGAUUCAUUCUCGGCUCUGCCGCUUUGGGUGGGCUAACUGCAUUCAUAAUUGGUGAUAAAUACACUUAUAUGGGACUGAUGAUUGCUUGGGCAUGCUCGUGGCUAUUGUUUCAAUGGGUGGUCUCAUCUAACAUUCUGCUCAACUUUCCCCGCAAAGAAAUUGUUGCUUCUGUCAUGAUUCCCACUGUGUUUCUAUGGGUUGUUGAUACAUUGUCUCUUGGAAGAGGAACCUGGGUGAUUGAAAAGUCAACCAAGCUCGAUAUUCAGGUUUGGGGUAAACUGGACUUGGAGGAAGCGGUAUUCUUUCUUCUCAGCAAUAUGAUGAUAGUAAAUGGCUUGGUGGCUGCAGACUAUGCCAUCGCUAUGCUGAACUGCCAGAAAGCACAGGCUACCGGAGAUAUAGAAGAGGGCUUCUCAGUCCGCAAGGCUUUGACUUCUUUGAUCGGACCCGAGGAAAAGUCCCGGACUUCAUUUGUUUCUGUUCUGAGGAAAUCAGUCCAACGGUUGGCCAUUUCCAAUCUCAUCUUCCUUUACUCCUUCUGUCGUAUAGCAGAUGAUCUUGUCGAUAAUGCUUCCAGCGCGGAGGCUGCAGAGACAAUCAUCGAGCAAUGCGGCGAGCUGUUGGAGGCUAAAUUUGCUUCGCCAACCGACUUUCCGAAGAGCUUUAGUGCUAAGUCCCAUGACUUUGAUGAGCUGAACGAGCUCAUUGAAGCUAUUGAUUAUCUUCCCGUAUCUCGGCUUCGAAUUGAGCCUUUUCAAGGAUUGCUCGAAGGGUUCAAACAGGACCUGCAAUUUAAUCACCACAAAAGGGUAUUUCCGAUAUUUUCCGAAUCAGAGUUGGAAGAUUAUGCAUACCAUGUGGCGGGAACAGUGGGCCUAUGUGUUCUUGACCUGAUCUUCCACCAUUUCCCGCAGCAGCAAUCUUCCACAGCGCCAUCUCUAAAUGAAGAGGUGCGUCAAGCAGGCUGCCAGAUGGGGAAAGCCCUUCAAUAUAUCAACAUUGCCCGGGAUAUUGGACGCGACGCAGCGAUUGGCCGAGUUUACUUACCCACCACUUGGUUGAAAGAAGCUGGAGUCUCACCAGAAGACGUGGUCUUCUGUCCGUCCGACCCUCGUGUCGAUGGGGUGCGGUCUCGUGUUCUGCGUAAAGCAAAGCAGCUCCAUGAUCAAUCUGAGAACGCAAUUCGAAAUUUGCCACUGGAGGUCCAAGGCCCUCUGUAUGCAACUGUAAAGAGUUAUAUGGAAAUUGGUGCUGCAUUGGAGCGUGGGGCUCGUCCCUGCCAUCCAGAUCAUAAAUUGCGACUUUCUAUCCCGAGGCGCCUAGUUGUGGUGUACAAAGCUAUGGUUAUGGCCUCGCGGAAGUAA